AUGCAGUCUGACUCGAGUUCUGAGCCAACGACGCCCGAUAGCGCUGGCGAUGGGCGCCUUGUCGGGCUCUUUGAAGAUCGCACAAUAACGACACGGGGCUACCAGCAAGAGUUGUUGGAUGAAAGCCUCAAGGGGAACACCAUUAUCGCGAUGCCGACUGGGUCGGGCAAGACACACAUUGCUGUCCUUAGGAUGAAAGCGGCAGUCGACCGCGAGCCCAUGAAGGUCGCAUGGUUUCUGGCGCCUACAGUGUCGCUAUGUCAUCAGCAAAAGGAGGUUAUUCAGACGGCGCUGCCCGUUUCUGUAGGGCUCAUUUCUGGUGCAAAUGAGCCAGAACACUGGAAAGACGCGAAUCUAUGGACCCGCGUGCUGUCCACCAACAGGAUCGUCGUAUCCACUCCCCAGGUGCUGCUAGACGCCCUCAGACACAGUUAUGUCAGCAUGGGACGUGACCUGUCGCUCAUCGUCUUUGACGAGGCGCAUCACACCGGUAAAGACCACCCGUACAACCGCAUAAUGCGCGAAUUCUACUUCACCUGUCCGGCCCGGGACCCGGACCUCCUCCACAUCACACUGGCCACCCGCGAGAACGUGCGCCCCGCCAUUCUGGGCCUGACUGCGUCGCCGAUAUAUGGCGGGGAUGUCGAAAAGUCAUUCAAGAUGAUCGAAAAUAACCUAGACAGCAAGAUUCGCGCCCCCCUUCGGGAGCGCGCCGAGCUAGACCAACAUGUCCACAAGCCCGUGUUCAUCCACGUGAUGUAUGACCCCGACGAGUCCCCGUUCUCGACUAACCUGGAUUCAUUCCAAAAUGUUUUCAAAGCUCUCGACAUCGACGACGAUCCAUACGUGAAAAAACUGCGACGAGACCUCGAGAAAACCACCUAUCGCUCGAACAAAUGGCAGCGCAUCGACCAGCGGCUGUCGCGCGUGAUUGCGAAGAAGGACACGUAUAUCCAGACACAGCUGCGAAGCGUAUUGGGCACCGCGGAGGCGCUGUGCAGCGACAUCGGCCCGUGGGCGGCCGAUUGGCUGAUCUACCACACGGUCACGCGGGCACGUGCCGCGCUCGACACGGGCAAGUAUCAGCUCGUACUCACCGACCUGCCGAACCUGGAGAAGGCGUACAUGCUGGAGGUACUCAACCGAAUAUGUGCGAUUGAGCCAUCGUACUACGGCGAGGACAUCGUAGGAGACUGCUCGGACAAGGUGGCAGCGCUGGUGAAGGCAAUCAAACGGGAAAAAGAGCAGACAGAAGCGGACGGGCAGACGUGGAAUGCACUCGUGUUUGUUCAACGCCGCGAGGCUGUGCUGGCGUUGGCGGAGGUGCUGGCUCACCACCCAGACACUAAAGACAUUGUUAAAGUUGGCGAGCUUGUCGGGACGACGGACACGGGGUACAAGUCGGCAGCGUUUGACCUGACCAAGGCGCUACUCAAGACACACGCAUCGACUCUCCAGAAUUUCAAGACGGGGGAGAAGAAUCUGAUUAUAUCGACUGCGGUUGCAGAGGAAGGAAUCGACAUCCAAGCGUGCGGAAGUGUGAUCCGGUGGGACCCCGCGCCCAAUAUGGCAAGCUGGAUGCAGAGCCGGGGUCGCGCGCGCCGGCAGAAGAGUACAUUCACGCUUCUCGUUGCGCGGGACCAAGACCAGCAAGAAGCACUCAGAAAAUGGGAGAAGAUGGAGGCGGAAAUGAUUGCGCAGUAUUCGGACCCUUCAAGGCAGAUGCAGCCAGCGCUGGAGGACGACGAUGACGAGUAUUCGUUAGAGGACCGUGAACUCGUGUUCAGGGUCGAGAGCACGGGGGCACUGCUUACGCUCAGUUCAGCCAUCCCUCAUCUGAACCAGUUCUGUGCACUGAUUCCUCAUUGGAACCAAAAUGACUACCAACCCAUCUAUGAGCUGGAUCCACCGGAGCACCCGGAGGGCUGGCACGCACUCGCGGAUCGGCGCACCGCGAUUCAGUACAAAGGGCCGUGGGGUGCGAAGGUCACGCUCCCGCGGAUCCUCGGGCCGGAACUCCGGUCCUUCGAGACGGAGAGGGUGUACCCGAGCAAGGCGUCGGCGUGCCGACACGUUGCGUUUGUGGCAUAUAAAGCACUCUAUGAGAAGGGCCUGCUGAAUCAGCACUUGCUCCCGCUCACAAGCGUAGUCGAGCCGCAUCUUGAUGAGGAGGUCAAGGAGCUGCUAAAGGAUGUCGAGAAGCGGCACGGGACCGCGACCGUGUCUGUUCAGAUCAACCCGUGGGCUGGCGAGACGGAUACGGCAGACGAACCGGAGUGGUUUGCGUCGAAGCUCACCAUCACGGGGCUCCCUGCGUUGUACAUGUACACGCAGACACCGCCUGUGGCGCUCGCCGGCCCGGAUGCGCCGAUUCUUCAUCGAAAAGAGGGCCAGCACGCGGUCACGUGGUGCCCGCUAGACGCGCCGGUGGACGCUGCCACACUGGCAAAGGCGCGGGAAUACACGCGACGAGUAUUCUGGACCCUGAACGGGUCGCGCAUGGUGUGGGAUGAUGUCGAUUUUUGCUACCUCUUUUUGCCAGUCGACGGUGAUGAUGUUUGGGUGGACCGGCGGGCGUGGCAUGUGGAGUGGCAGCAGCAAAACACAUACGGCGGACAUCCGCUGCUGUGCAACGCGUCUGCUUUUGCGGAAAAGUACUCUUACGCCAAGGACAUCACCCUGAUGCGCAAGAUGUACCAGUUCGGCUCGCCGUUCCGGUUUGUCCGGUGGCGGAAAAAGGAGUUGACAGAUGAAGAAGAGGCAGAAAUUCGCGCAUUCUACAAGGACGAUGAACUGGACAUCGAGUACCCGCUUCUCGUUGCACAGCCACUCCCACCACGCACCAACUUCCUUGUACCGCUGCCAGCCGAGGCGGUGACUGAUUCGGUAGUCAAGACUGUGAAUCUGCUGCCAGAAAGGACACAGAUUGUGAUGUGCUCGGCCGCGGAUGUUGAGUAUGCGACGUUGCUGCCGUCGGUGCUGCGCGCUCUUGGCAUUGCAGCGACAAUUGGCACGAUGCAGCGCACGAUGCUGGCUGGGACGGAGUUGGUCGAUAUACCGCGGGAGUUGUUGACCACGGCACUGUGUGCACCUGUCGCGGGGGAGUUGUCUGACUAUGAGCGGUUGGAGACAUUGGGCGAUACGGUGCUCAAGUACAUGGUCUCGCUCCAGCUGCUGGGCCAAUUCCCGCUCUGGCACGAGGGGUACCUCACCAAGAAGAUGGGACACACGGUCUCGAAUGCGAGGCUCGCGAAGGCCAAUAUCGGGCAUGAAAUGUAUCGGUUUAUCAUCCGGGACCGGCUACUGGGCAAGAAGUGGAAGCCGCGGUACAUGAGGGCGGAAGUGCAGCCUGAGGCACCGCCGCCCCCGCCGCCAGUUGAGGAGAAGCUUCAAGAGGACGACAAGAAGAAAAAGAAGAAGAAAAAGAGCAAUGCCAACAACCAGGAGCUCUCAACCAAAGUACUCGCAGAUGUGGUGGAAGCGCUGAUCGGGGCGGCAUAUCUCCACGGCAGCUUCGAUUUGGCCGUCAGAUGCGGGGAGUUCUUCGGCCUGAACAUCACAUGGGCGCCUCUUCCUGAACGAGUUGACGCAAUGUUUGCACGCGUCGAGCCACUGGAAGAACUACCCAGCCAACUGGACUGUGUGGAGCGGAUGCUGGGAUAUACGUUCCGGAAGAAGCCGCUGCUAGUGGAGGCGCUGACACACUGCAGCUACCAGUCGGAGACGCGGGCAAUGUCAUAUGAGCGACUCGAGUUUUGCGGGGACGCAGUGCUCGACAUGAUCGUCACAGACUUCCUCUAUCGGUCACACAGAAAGUACCAGCCGGGCCAGAUCAUGCGGCGCAAGUCCACCAUCGUGAACGCGCACACCCUCGCCUACAUCUGUCUCCGCACAGCCACCCAGCUUGCGCCGAGCGUGAUCCCGCAGCCAGACAAGAACACGCCGCACCGCGCACGUGAGUUUUUCGCCGAAGAAGAGCAGCGCACGGUGUAUCUGUACCAGUGCAUGCUGCACUCAAGCGAUCACGUGCUCAGCGAGCAGGCGGCCACCGCGGCCCGGUGUGAUGCCGCGCGGGCCGAGAUCGAGGCCGGCUUGACUGCAGACCCCGUGUUCCCGUGGGCGCCGCUGUUCUUGCUGCAGGCGCCCAAGUUCCUCAGCGACCUCGUCGAGAGCGUCAUCGGGGCCGUCUUCAUCGACUCUGCCGGGGAUCUCGGGGUGGUCGAGCAGCUAUUGCGCCGCCUGGGCCUGAUGCAGGUGUUGGAGCGCGUCGUCGCGGACGAUGUGGACGUGUUACACCCCGUGUCACGUCUGCAUGAAUGGGCAAGCGCGCGCCAUGCCAAAGUGGACUGCGAGUAUGUGCAGACGGACGACCGGAUCAGCUGUGUGGUCACGAUUGACGGCGAGCCGAAGCCGGAGACCCGGGCAGAGAGCUGGUAUGCGGGAAAGAUGAGCAAGCACGAGGUCAAGCUUGCUGCGUCGCACAAGGCGAAUAAGGUGUGCAAGGACUGGGUGAUCGAGGACGCCGAGUCAAGAAAGCGCAAGCGGGAGGAAUCGGAUGUGGAGGAAUUGGCUGUGGUGGAGGAGGUAAUUGAGGCGCCGAUGGAGGAUGAUGACAAUGAAGAAUAUAUGGACCGGGAGCUAACAGAGGAGGACAUGGAUGCGAUGGACUGGGUUGGAUGA